ACGGGCUCGGUCCAUUUAUCUACCACCUCAUCAUCAACACUAUACACAAUAUUUAGUUUAGUUUUUUUGUUUUUUGUUUUUUAUUUUUAUUUUGGGUGGGUGGAGAAAAUGAAUCCACCGUGUGGGAGAUGCACCAAACCUGUUUAUCCCACGGAGAAAAUCAACUGCUUGGAUAAGUACUGGCACAAAGGCUGUUUUAGCUGUGAUGUGUGCAAGAUGGCGCUGAGUAUGAACAACUACAAAGGCUUUAACAAGCGGCCUUACUGCAGCAUGCACUACCCCAAAUCCUCCUUCACCAUCGUGACCGACACUCCUGAGAACCUGCGCCUCAAGCAACAGAGCAUGCUGAACAGCCAGGCACUCUACAAGGAGGAAUUUGAGAAGAACAAGGGCAAAGGUUUUAGUGUGGUGGUGGACACGCCAGAGAUGCAAAGGCUCAAGAAGACACAAGAGCAGAUAAGUGAUAUCAAGUACCACGAAGACUUCGAGCGGAGCAAAGUACGCAGUGAUGCACCGCCUCCAGAAAACAGGCAAGAUCCAUUGAGCCAGGAGCAAAACAACCAAGCAGAUGCACGGAUGCAUACCAAUACCAUGGCGCCAUCUGGUGAAGGGAGGCGGUACCAGGCCUUGUACAGCUACACAGCAGCAGAGGCGGAUGAGGUUUCCCUGCAGGAGGGCGACCUAAUCGGGGAUGUGGAGUUCAUCGACGAAGGCUGGGUCUUUGGCAGCAACCAGCGGACGGGCCAGCGAGGCAUGCUGCCCGCCAACUACGUUCGGCCUGUGUGACGGCACAAAGAUUUUUUUUAUCUCAACAUGGAAUAAGACCCUUCCUGUCCUUCCCAUCAGAUUCAGCAACAGCAUGUAUACCACUAGGUAUCUUCCAAAAUAAUGUACAUUGAAUCUACGAUAAAUAAUAAGCUCCUGUAAUUGGUUUAACACUUUGAGUAUUCACAAACCAUUAAUGUGAUCAUAAAAAUCCAAGGAAAUAAAAUGACAUUGUACAACAAAAUAACUUUAUUCAAAAAAAAAAAAAAUGCUUCAAAAUACUUUACAGAUGAAGAUAAAAAUUUGACAUGUACAUUAAAAUAAGACUUCAAAUUAAGAACUGGU